AUGGGAGUUCCCCAUGAGACUAAGGGGCUGCGUCCAAUGAGCGACCUAUCUUUGGAGCCUAGCUUUGUGAUACGAUGUAUCUCAUCCUUCGACAAGCAGGAUAAAGAAGAUGAUACUUUAGAAGACGUGGCUCUCACCUCUGAAGAAAGUCAAGAGGCGGACAAGCGUCAAGAAGCUGAUCUUCCUCAACAAAUUCCUGAUCCGAUUAGUGAUGAGGAAGAGGAUGAACCACUAUGCUUUUGGGAUGAGCCUUCUGUUGAGUUACAGGUACGACCCUGA